GCCCUUCUUCUGCCGCUAAAUUUUCCCUCUCGCCGGAACUUUAAGCUUUCCGGCUGCCGUUGCUUAUGAUUCUGAGUUGGCUUACUUCUUCUUCUCCUUCUUCUUAUUUUUGCUGUUAAUGGCAAUGUCGUCUUUGUCUAAGCGUUCGUCUCUCAGUCCGCCUCAGCCGGCCGUGGCGGCGAAUCACGAUCUCAAGCAACGAGUUAUUGCCUGUCUCAACAAGCUUGAAGACCGUGAUACUCUUGCUAUGGCUGCGAAUGAGUUGGAAUCCAUUGCUAAGGCUCUUACUUAUGAAUCGUUCUCGUCGUUUCUCUCUUGCAUUCAUAAUACUGAUGCAUCGGCGAAGUCGCCGGUGAGGAAGCAGUGUGUGUAUCUUAUUGGUCUUCUUUCUCAGUCUCAUGGAGAUGCUUUGUCUCCUUUUGUGUCGAAGAUGAUUUCCACUGUUGUUCGUCGCCUCCGUGAUUCCGACUCUACAAUCCGAUCUGCUUGCGUUGACGCUACGGCUUUAAUGUCGUCGCAAAUUACUAAGCCGCCAUUCUCGGUUUUUUUGAAGCCGUUGAUUGAGACACUUACACUUGAGCAGGAUCUCAAUUCGCAGAUUGGUUCAGCUCUGUGUCUUGCAGCUGCGGUUGAGGCUGCUCCUGACCCGGAUGUGUCGCAGCUGCGGAAGAAUUUGACUAAGUUGGGGAAAUUGGCAAAGAACGAGGGAUUCAAGGCGAAGGCUGCGUUGCUUGUGCUGAUUGGGAGUAUCAUUGCUGUUGGUGGUGCGACGAGUCGAAGCGUAAUGGACUGGCUGGUGCCGUGCAUUGUUGAAUUCUUGAGCAAUGACGAUUGGGCAGUGAGGAAGGCGGCAGCAGAAACUCUCGGGAGAGUGGCCGUCGCUGAAAGGGAUUUGGCGGCCGACUAUAAAGCAUCCUGUAUCAUUUCUUUGGAUAGUCGGAGAUUUGAUAAGAUCAAGGUCGUUCGGGAGACAAUGAACCAAACUUUGGAGUUGUGGAAAGAGAUUCCUGAGGCUUCCGGAGACAUCUCAACUGAUAAUGGCAAUGGUGGAUGCUUUCCUCCCCCUUCCACAUGCUCACCUGAACAAAAUUUAAGAACGCCGUUGAAGAAAACAGUCCCUACCAGCAGGUCCUCUCCUUUGGAUGUAUCACGUGUGACUAAUAGUAGAAAGAUCAGUCCGAAGAACACAGGUAAGAAUUCAAGCACACCCAUUUCUAAGCUAGAACGCCAGAAAUCUUCCAAUUGGAGAGUUGAAAUAGCAGUAUCAAAUUCUCCAUCUUCAAAAUUUGCUUCCGAGAACAAUGCUCCUGGAGGUGGUUCCGAAAACAUAGAUUUCCAAGAGAAUGAAAAUUCUCGUCUCAAUGCAAAAAGAGUUCUUUAUAAUAAUGUGCGUGAAGAGAAAGUUAACAAGUCCAGCAAUUUGAGAUCUGGGUCUCGCGUAGUUCCAUUUGAGGAGCAUGAUAACAUUCAGGAGGAUGAGAGUAGAGACUCGGAUGUUACUGUUGGCAGCUCAAGUGAAGAAACUUUUGGGAGCCACAAGGAAUUUGAAGAUAUCUCUCUGAUUCGUGACCAACUUCGUCAGAUUGAGAACCAACAAUCUAGCCUCCUAAACCUUCUACAGAACUUUAUUGGGAGUUCUCAGAGUGGGAUGAAUUCAUUGGAGAAACGAGUACAUGGAUUAGAGAUGGCAUUAGAUGAAAUAUCUUACGACUUAGGAUUGUCAAGUGGAAGGGUACCAAAUAGCAGUUUUGCUGAAAACUCAUGUUGCAAGCUGCCAGGAGCAGAGUUUUUAAGUUCCAAGUUCUGGAGGAGAGCAGAAGGGCGUUAUUCUAGUUCAAAAUUCUGUUCUACAACACAAGUCUCAUCACCUAAUGAUCCGCAUCACACGCUCGAUAGAGAUUCCGUUACAGAACCAUUGAAGCAGAACAACCAAAUAUUCCGAACAGAGAGAAGGGGAGGAUUAGUAAUGAAUCCGUUGGCCGAUAUUGAUGGCGAAUUUAGAGAAAACUUGGGGCUGUAUCCAAAAAGAUUACUCAAGACUAUGAUCCAAGAAAAUGACAAUGUGCAUAUUUACAAUGCAAGUGGUACUGAUUAAAUUCUCUGAAUUCCUUCAGAAAUAGCCAUAAACCACAGGCUGAGAGCGAGCGGGCGAGCAUGGUGGUCCUGAAAAUGGCGAAAGCGAUGAAUGACCAAGUUAUUAUGGACGGAUAUUGGGAAAUAUGACUUCUCAGACUUGGCAUUUAACCUCAAGAUUGAAGUAAGGUCAGUUUUGGGGUUAUUUGUGUCAUACAUGCAUGCUUUCACAAAGGUCUUUUUCCAUUAUAAUGAUAAUGCCAGAGCCUGUCUUCCUUGCCACGUGAAAACUGACACAGAGUAAAUUCCUUCUUCCAGUCUACUCCAUCUUUUUUUCUCUUCUCUGUCCUUCAAGGUAGAAAAAAGAGCUAAUGGUUUUGUUGUAUGUAUGUAUUGGCCAGUGAAUAAAUUAAAGUCACUUGUUGAAUUACUCAGCCCAAGGUAUUGAAUUUGAGUCUACAAUACUAAAAGAGGAAAAAAGUUAGUCACUUUUUGGACAAUGUAGAACUAAAAGUAGGGCAGACCAUCUACAACCUACACAAUUAAUAGCCAAGCAGCUUUAUUGGAAACUGGAAAGUUUGAUAUUAUAGAUCCCUUUUCAUAUUAUCAAGUGAUGAAGGAUGCCUCAGUUUUGAUGUAUAUUUUGGUGGUUAAGAGAAAGUAUCUUCUAUGAAUCCAUACUCCAUAGUUCACAUUUAUCAGCUAUACAAUAAAGGAUGCAUGAAUUUUUUGUGUAUAUAUGAGAAUGGUCAAAUAUAUGAACCAAGAGAAUAUCAAUGGAUUUCAUGUGUGGUAUGGUACGGUGGUUUCAAUUC